UUUGUGACUCACGUACUACUUAUUUUUGGAAAAGUAGUUAUAAUAUACGACGUGACAUCAAAAAACCAUGAAAUAACAUUGAUAUGUGUGUCUGAAAAUGAUGGCGGCGCUCUUGUAUGGAAUCGUCUUACAUCGCUUCUCGAGGACGAAUACGAUUAUUAUGAGGUUAAUGGACUUAAAAAGAAUUAUAUAAUGUGUAAGAUGAAUGCAAAUAAAGGAUGCUUGGAGUCAUGGAUUAAACAAGACUGGAUUCUUACAAAUUCCGUUUUAACACCUAUGGGUCCAGUAUUUGAUCAACGAUGGGAAGAAUUUCAACAGAUUACAACUGAUUACGACAAGUUCCAUAAAGUUCUUGGAACUAACUUUAAUAAAGUACAGCUUUCUUUUUCGGUUCGUACGGUGUGCAACAUGAUGAUAUUAAUUUGCAACGGCAAGAAUGUUUACGAAGAUUUUUGCUAUUGGAUCGUAAUAAAUGGUUGGAACUAUACACAAUCAGUCAUUGGCAAAUAUGCAACAGAAGGCCAUGAAUUUAAUAAAUCCAAGGAUUAUUUUGACAUAUAUUCAGAGUGUUAUUUUGACCCCCUAGUAUCAAACGAACAACCAGUGUAUAAAAAUGAAUGGCAAACGUUUGUUAUUACAUGGAAUUUUGACAUGGGCGAAAUAAUUCUUUAUGAUACUGAUAACAUCAUUUUGACAUAUACAGACGAGGAAAGAGAUGAAUUACGCUCAGACAAUAAUUAUUACAUGUUCAUUAAAAGUCUUCACGAAAUGUACUUUCGAGUGCAUAUAUAUAAAUUUUUGCAUACCACUGUUGAGAAUGCGACUUUAACAAGUCCCGUGUUUGAAAUUUAUGAUGAAGUGAUCUGUGUACAAUUAUUAGUUGGUCUUUGCGCCGAAUGCGAUGCACGUAUAAUGUUGAUCAUACAUAAUGAUUCCAAGAAUGAUGAAGUAUUAACAAUCAGAAAGACAGUAAAAGGUUCCACAAAAGCCGCGGUUUAUGGCUUACCUAUGUGGCAAUCAGUUACUAUUAAGAGAAAUUCGAUCAACUAUAGUAAUUAUAAUGCAAUCAUCCAAUUGAUUCCUAAACUCAAUAAUCGUAACACCAAUCCGUUGUGGGCAAUAGCAAAUGUUCGCCAGUGUCCUCAAGAUGGUACGAAUCUUAUAUUGAGGAAAAAUGUUAUAACUUUUAGAAAUUAUUACGAACCUAUUGAGAGGCAAAACGUGACAUGUCAAAAAUUAUUUUAUAAUGAACAUGCUGUCGUGAGUCCUGUACCAAGCGUCAAAUCAGAUGUAAAUCUUGAUGCGUCAUACUGUCCUCUAGGAAAAAUUGGACCAAAGUGCUUAGUUUCCUGUGAAUAUGAUCUGCAUAAUAACUUCGAUUGCAGAGGAACUCAAAUUUGUUAUGAAGAUGGUUGCACGUGUGAUACAGGUUUUUCAGGAGCAUAUUGUUUUGACUCUUGUAAUUCAAAUACAUACGGUUAUAAUUGCAUGAAAACAUGUGGCUCAUGUCUCUAUAACAAAACAUUAUCUGGCAAUCGGUGUGAUACAAGAACUGGGAUAUGCAGUAACGGAUGUAAUGAUACUAAUACAGAAUUUUACAUUCCACCUUUAUGUCAAAUAGGCGUAGAAAAGCCAAAUGUACCUACAGUUAUCUCAAUAAACGAAACGACUAUUUGGGCCAAUGUUUCUAUAACAUGGAAAGACGAAUACGAAGAAAUGUCGAUUCUUUAUUCUUUUGACAUUCAGGUAACACACACAUAUUACCGUCAGCGAAAAAAGCACUUUGCAACUAUUGUACAGUUUAUCAGGCUGAUUGGCUCGAAUUAUGUCGACGAGUUUUCGAGAAAAGUACGACGGGGUAGUUCAAAUAGGAUCGCAUGGACUGAUAUAAGCUUAAGAAAAGUCGGUUACUUGCAGGAUUUUUUACACAUCAAAUACAAUCAGCACUCAUGGAACACGUUAUUUCGAAAUAUGACACAAGUGACGAAAUAUUUUGAAAACAUGGAACCUGGUUUUACUUAUCAUAUUCGUCUAAGCUUAAAUAUUUCAGGUGUACAAAUACAUAGCGACUGGAAAGCAGUUGAGACUAAAUGCAAUCCGGCUGAAAACUUCGAAGUAACACCAGAAGAAACCGGCAUGAUAAUUAAUUUACGAAUCAACCCAAAACAAUUAUAUUCAUGUCCGGCAACGUGGUAUUAUCUCGUAAUUCAAAAUGAAGAUACGAACAAAGAGGUCGUUUCUACAUUAGUUCCAUCUUUUCCAUAUAAAUUUCAACCUUUAUCAUCACACACUUCUUUUAAUGUGACUAUAUCUCACGAAUAUCUCGUGUUAUUUUCAAAAUCGAUCAGGCUCAAUAAGGUUUCACCACUGUAUGAAGCGUGGCUAAUACCCAUUACGGCCAUUACAUCAUUCUUCGUCGUGAUAGUAAUAGCAUCUUACUUGUACCGAAGAAAAAGACAACAAUGGAAUCAAAGACAGAUACGAAACGAAAUAGCUUUGUCGCAGAAGACCGUGAUCUGUAAACACGAAAAAAAAUCCAUAAUAUCGAAUGGAAUAGAAUUAAUGGAAGAUAUGCCACAUCUUUAUGAAAGUCUGUCUUCAUUGCGGGCAAGUAAUCCAGAAACGUUGGUAAUUGCUGCCACGCACGACGAUGAAGACGAGACUGAAAUGGAAUCAUUAGUAAAGGUAAAAGAUUUUGAGGAAUAUGUCAGACAAGCGUUACAGUCAGGAUUACUGGAUAAGCAAUACAAAACAAUUUCAAAGAAACUAACCCAGCCAUCUAAUGGCGGAAAAUAUCUGCUCAUCAAAUACGAUAAAACAGUGAUGAAGAAAUAUAUGGAUGAUGCUUACUCCGAUUAUAUCAUUGCUAAUUACAUCACUGGUUAUAAAGAAGAGAAACGUUACAUAGCGACACAAGGACCCGAAACAAAUACUGUCACCGAUUUCUGGCGCAUGAUUUGGCAGGAAAACGUUCUUGUUAUUUGUAUGUUGACAAAUAUAGUCGAAAAUGGAAAGACUGAGUGCGAGCAAUAUUGGCCGGAUAUUGACAAGAAGAUGAAGUACGGCGACAUUAUUGUAUUAAACGAAAAGCAGAAUAUUUUCGCUGAUUACUCUUUUAGAACUUUCCAAGUGACUUAUGGAGAGGAAACUCGAAAGAUAGAACAUUUACAUUACACGGCUUGGCCUGACUACGAAGUGCCAUUACAUACACACUCAGUGGUCACAUACUUGAAGAAAUUGUUAGCAUUAUCACCUGGAGAUGGACCCGUGGUAAUUCAUUGCGGUGAUGGUGUUGGAAGGACGGGGAUUAUCAUUUUGUGUGACAUUUGUCUCCGUCGAGCAGCGGCCGAGGGGGUAGUUGAUGUUCUUGCCGAAACGAUAUCCAUUAGAAGUGAACGAGGAAACAUAGUUAAUAAUAAGCAACAAUAUCUCUUUGUGCAUUUGGUGUUAGUGGAAUGUUUGUUUUCCAUUUCGACUACAAUUCCGUGUAACGAGAUGUUGAUUACGCAAAUCAAGGAGUUGAAAGAACAAUUGCCUGUUCAUCAGCAAAGAUUACAAAACAUUGCAUGGCGAGAUAAAAUCCUGCAACAAGGUACGUUUCCUUUAUUUUUUAUCGGAAGGUAAUCAAACAGUUUUCCAGAUUUAAUUUCAGAUAAAGUCAGUAAAGUGUAUUUAAAGAAAUACCCGACGUCGCACGAGGACAGCGAUUAUUUAUCUGCCGUUUAUGUAGACGGAGUAAAACUUCAGAAUCAGUACCUAGCUACGCAGCUUCCCAUACCAUCGACGAUUAAAACUUUUUGGCGAAUGAUUGCCGAAUUCAAAGUUGAACUUAUUCUCAUGCUACAGCCGCCAGAUUUGCAGGAUCCUGCUUGCUGUGAGAUCGCUCCUACAAGCGGUGAGUUUAAACCAAACCCAUAUUUGCAUAUUACUGCAAAAGAAGUCGUGAAGGAGAAAUAUUAUACAUCACAAAAAUUGUUGCUCGUUGAUAAUUUUGAGAAGUGUCCAAGAAAACAAGAUGUGACUAUAAUGUGUUUAACGAAAUGGAAACCCGGAAAAGAUCAACCAUUGCCUUCAGUGAGGUCAAUGGUGACCUUUUGGCAAGCAGCUGAGACCAUCGCAAGAGGCAAUGGCCCCACUGUCACUCUUUGCCAUGACGGAGUAACUGGGUGUGGUCUGUAUCUAGCAUUGAGUUUUUUGUUGGAACGAAUGACUGUCGAAAAGGAAUGCGAUGUUUAUUUAGCAGUGCGAGCUGUCAAACGAUCAAGAACAGAUUUUAUUCGUUCUAUGGAACAUCUGGAAUAUCUAUACGAUGCCGCGGUGACAUAUACGGAGUUUUUCAAAGGCUAUGCAAAUUUUUUGUAAAGCAAGAAUAAUCAAGCUAUAUUCUCUUCAUACAUAUACAGCGGUGCUUCGACACAACAUCAUGCACAAAUCAUUCAAAUAUCCAUAAUGAAAUAUCUCGUAUUGCAAAGAAAGUAAAACGAAAUAUCGUCCAAGAUUUUCAUUAACAACUACAGAGAUUUAAUCGUAGUACUGCGACAUCGAAAUCAUAAUAAAGAAACAAAAUCUGCUUGAGAAAAA